AUGCUGGAACCGCCGCCACAGAACAACCCCUCCUCAGACUCCCAGUCUUCUGAUUUGGGAUCGAAUCAAGGUGAUUCCGGAAACAGCGGCUCUAAUCGUGCGAACACUGCACAAGAGAGCACGUCUGCUUCGUCUGAUCUGAGCCAAUCAAGCACAUCCGGUGACUCUGUGCCUUCAAGUACAGGCUCCAAUGGCUUCCCGAAUCCUUUCCACAAUAGCAACGAGAGUGCAAGCGAUCUUCUAAUAAGAGCCUUAGAAAGCAUCAAUGGACCAUUGUUUCUGUCUGGCUUCCCGAUGCCUCCCCAGCCUGCGUUCACAAAUCCACAAGCAGCAGAAGCCAAUCAGGAAAGCACAGACAACGACCGUCCUUCUGCGUUCCACGCCAACCUACUAGAUCUGUUGAUUACCCGAAGCCUAGCAGGUUCACAAAGAGCAGAGGGCGAGGACCUGCCCGCAGCUCCGGCAGCAAAUCUAGACACCAACGGGUCGUCUGGCAGUGCAGCCGCAGGAGCUGCGCCAGAGCCAACAACUGCGCCAGGCACCCCUCUGGGACCUGGUGAAGACAUCGGAGCAAUAAUAAUUACCAUCAAUUAUGCUUUCGCAAACGAUGCUUCUCCAAACAGAACUGGCCUGUUGACAAUAAGUGUUCCUAAUACAUCAUCGAACAGAAAUCCCCAGACUAUCCAUGAUUUUGUAUCCUUGGCAACAAGAAUUGCAUAUGAAGAGUUAUUCUCUGUUGCCAAAACAGGAAUCACUGAAGAGAAGUUUGAGUCCUUCGAGAUUGUGCCUAUUGAUGAACUUACUGACAGGAUCUGCUCCAUUUGUUUCGAGCCUUACGAGGGUCUACAGCCGCUAGAAAAGAUGGCAGAAUCAAUUGCUUUGAAGCGUCGUAAGCUUUCUCCUGAUGAACAUAGCAUUUCCUUGUCAGAGAGUGAAGAUAGGGACGAGCGGGAUGAAAGAACCAGACUGCGGCCCUCUACACCCUCGGCAUUCAAUCCUUCAACAAAUUCAAACGGGAAUACUACUGAGACAAAUGCCACUGAUGGGGCUGCGCCAGACAGAGCAUCGGGCCCCACCUAUUUAUGUGAUCAAGACAAGGAAUUUAGUCAUGAGGCUAUCAAGUUCCCCUGUGGUCAUAUAUUUGGUAAAUCUUGUUUGGCACACUGGCUCAAGACUGCAACAACAUGUCCAUUGUGUCGAUUUAAUGUCAACACUCCUAACAAUGACGGAACUGGCAACGAGGACGGCACGAACUCUCCCGCCGAACCAAGGCGUAAUAUUUUCCAUUUGUUUUCGGGCAAUUGGUUGAGGCCAAAUGCCUUUCAAGGCCCCGAGGGACAGCAACCCCGGACUGAGAGCCAAUCGCAAAGCAGUGCUCAACCACAAGAUGAGCAGGCUCCGGUAGCUCCAUCGGUGGGCGAUGAAAGGCAAAGAGAGCAAACGCCAAAUACUCCAUUCCAAGAGCGGAUUUUGCGACAGGAAACUCCAAGUCGGGUGAGCCCUAUUGCAACACCUCAUCUCUUUGGAGUUCCCUCGUCUCUGACAGAUAGUCUCCCAGCUGGCACACAUGGUGAGGUGGCUAGCCGCGCAGCACGGAGAUUCGAACGUAGUCUCAAUCUUUUGAGAAGAACGACACAAAGCAUUAGGCAUUUGAGAGGUCAAGAUGUUCCCCCGGCACCAUUGAUCCCUACAGGUGCUCAGCGGAAUGCCCCUUCUUCGCUUCGGAAUCUGCAAGAGCAUAUGGACUCUUCUAACGAACUGCCCAUGUCUCGUGGGACAAGCCAAAGAAAUCCUUCCUUUGCUCCAUUGAUAGAAGGAAUUACCAAUUUCUUUGGACGCAAUUCACAGAUGCGUAACAGAGAUACAGAGGGAGGGGAAACUUCAAUUUUCUCCUCCGGAGUAUCGAGUAGAAGAACGCCCAAUGGUAUUGAGACAACCAGUUCUGAUGCUGUGACUCCGCCAGCCAAUACCACUCCAAGCAGCGUCAUCAUCAUCUCCCCUAAUUUUUUCAUGUCAAGGCUUAAUCAACAUGAUGAUGCUCCUAGUACAACAGCUCGCGAGGAUCAGACCGAUUCUGCAGCUAAUGAUGAUGAACCCAAUCUGCAUUCUGGCAAUGAUACCCCUUAA